ACAAACCGCCAUUUUAGAGAAAGUCGGAGCAGACAAGAAUUCAACGACGGGUGUAGAAAGUUUGUAUUUUUCUAGUUUUGCAAAUGUUUAACGCUCCAAAAAUAAGCUGUGCUACUACAUGCACAGUUUGUAAUCGUAUUGGGUAUAUAGAUUGAAUUCAAUAAGAUGUUUGAAAAGGCAUAAUUAAUGUUUAAAAAGCUAGCCUCUCGAUCGACAACAUUUCCACUUGCCUGGCGCAGGACAGAGAGGUUAAUACAGUUGGCCUAAUUAAUUGAUUUGGCUGCGUACACACUUCUUGCCAAUGGUACUGCGUAAAAAACUUUUGUUAUAAUGGCGGAAUCAGGUGACGCGCGAUUAGACUUUAUUGCAGAAUAUAUUUUGAAAUGUUACAAACUGAAACCAGAUAAAUGGGCAAAAUGUAUCGGUUUCGAAGAACAAAAAAUUCUAAUGAUGGAGUUUUUGGAAAAAGCAGAACAUCAACAGCUAAUUUUCACUGUCAAUUCUGCCGGAUUGAUCACUCCGUCAUAUGAAUUUCCCACCUCUCUCAAGAACACUAAAGCAGUAUAUUUUAUCAAGAAGGGAAAAGAAGCUGUUUCAAAAGAUAACAUUGCUAAUUCUCUCGUAUACGGAGACCUUGCUUAUUCACCAUUGGAACAACUGUCAGCACUAGUUGAUGAAGUGUUGGUUCCUUUACUAUCAAAUCCACGGAACCAUGACUCGUGGCCGAAUGUAGUUUCUCAGGAUGUCUUGAGGCAUGUGCACAACCUGAAAAGUAAUGUGUAUGUUGUGGCAGGGCAGGUCAAAGGCAAGACCUUGCUCCCGCUACCUGUAGGCUCAGAGAAAGUUGAAGCCAGUUCUGUAGCUGAAGACAAGGCUGAAUCAAUUGACCGUAACUUAGUGCAUUCGAUAGAGUCUGUCAUCAUAGACUGGACUCACCAGAUACAGGGUGUUUUGAAACGAGACUCAGCACAACCUUUACUUGAAGGUUUGAAUCCCGGACCCAAUGUAGAGAUCGAGUUUUGGAAAGCUAAAUGUGAAAAUUUGGACUGCAUCUUCCAACAGCUAAGAGAUCCAAAAGUACGCAAGAUGAAAGAGCUUCUGGAAAGGACAAACAGCAGCUAUUUACCAACUUUCAAAAACAUUGAGAGAGAUGUUGAAGCUGCUCUCACCGAAGCUCAAGACAUCAACACACAUCUGAAGCCUCUGCUCCGACACAUUGAUGGCUUUGAAGAGGUCGACUUCCCAGAGCUUCCUGAAAGACUUCCAGCUCUAAUGCACACCGUUUGCUUGAUAUGGAGUCAUUCUGAGUAUUACAACACACCACCAAGAAUCAUAGUGCUCCUUCAAGAACUCUGCAAUUCACUUAUCAGCCAGUGCCGCACCUACUUGGAUCCUGGAGAGCUCUUCAAAAUGGAAGCAGAGGAGGCGCUUGAGAAGACAAGAUCUGCCGUUGGUGUCUUGAAGAUGUUCCGUAACCUCUACGAGGAUCACCGCGGUAAGAUGAAAGAUUAUUUCAAGGAUGGUAAAGAACCAAGGCUGUGGGAGUUUGCUUCCCAAAUGGUGUUUACUCGUAUGGAUGCUUUCAUUGAACGCCUGGAUACCCUUGAGAAACUCUUUGAGACGACAGUUGAAUUCAGCAAACUAGAGAAGACUGAAAUGGGUGGCAUGAAGGGCAAGAUGCUUGGGAGUAUGGUAGAGAAGGUCCAUGAAGAGUUCCAGGAAUAUGUGAAGAUAUUUGGAGAGCGACCAUACGAUGGCCUGGAUCCUCAGUGCCAAGAAUUCAUCGAUGAUUAUAGCAACUUCGAAAAGCAAGUGUACGACUUAGAUCGCAGACUGGGAUCAAUCCUUUGCCAAGGCUUUGAUGACUGUUCUGGUCUUGAAGCCAGUUUCAAGAUGCUGGAUUGUUAUGGUCCAAUCCUCGACAGACCUGUGAUCUGUGAAGACUUCGAGCACAAGUAUCCCGUGGUCUUGCGCCUCUACAACGAGGAACUUGACAAAGCAAAGGUGAUCUAUGACGAUCAGAUGAAAGCGUGCGAGGACUCGGAGAAUAAACCUCCACUUCAUAAAAACUUUCCAGAGAUAGCUGGUGCUCUCAAGUGGGCUAAGGAACUCCGAAUGAGAAUCGAUAAACCUAUGGGAAGCUUCAAACACAUAGAACAUCCCACUGGCAUAAAGAGAAUAAUGCAAACUGAAGAUGCUGCAGUAAUUUUUAAGAAGUAUGAGGAGAUGAUGGAACUCCUUGGCAAGUAUGAGGUAAAGGUAUAUGAGAGCUGGACAGCAAAUGUAGAUGAUGUGUGUUCUGUAAAUCUUAAUCAGCCACUGAUCAUACGCAACAAAGAAAGUAAGCUGAUCUCAGUGAACUUUGACCCUAAACUUGUGGCUGUCCUGCGGGAAGUAAAGUAUCUUAAUAUUCGAAGUGAAGAAAAGAUUCCAGACAGUGCGGCAACUAUUUAUUCUAAACAUGAAACACUCCGUCAGUAUGUGGCGAACUUGGACUUAACUGUGCAAUGGUAUAACCGAGUCAGAGAGACGGUGCUAGAGGUGGAAUUCCCACUUGUUGAAAGCCAACUUGCUGACAUUGACACUCAGCUUGAGAAGGCUGAGGAUAAUUUAAAUUGGAAUCAGGAAGAAGUUUGGGAGUACAUCCAAAAAACGAGGGACCAGGUUCAUGAUUUAGAAAAGAGGGUACAAAAAUGUAAAGACAAUGUUGAUGCCAUCAAAAAGAUAAUGGAAGAAUGGAGUAAACUUCCAUUGUUUGAGAGGAAGGAGAACAAAACUGAAUCUCUGUUGUCACUGGAUGACAGAGAAUCCAAGAUCACCAAGAGGUAUGCAGAGAUCACAGCUGCAGGAGAGAAGAUCCACGCUCUUGUCAAAGAAAAUCUUGAGCUUUUCAAAGCCGAUGCAUCAUCAGAUAUCUGGAAGGCAUACGUGGAUUACCUUGAUGACAUGGUGGUGGAUGGUUUCUUCAACUGCAUCCAUUGCAGUCUGAACUUCCUUCUGGAAAACACUGAUAGCAAGACUACUUUAGCGCCUGUCUUUGAAGCACGCUUGGAGUUACAGGUUCCUGACAUGGUCUUCCAACCUUCUCUAGAUUAUGGUAUUGCUGAUGGUUUCUAUGACCUUCUGGAGAUGCUUGUCAGUGACAUCUAUAAGAUGGCAUCACUGGUCAAGAGAUUGGCAGAACACAGUGGUGCAGAGCAUUAUCAGACUGAUCUGGAGGAUAUGAUGGAACUGUCUGACAUGCGUCAAGAGAUGAUGGAUAGGGUACAGACUAUCAUGAACAAGGCCCAAGAGUACCGCAAUUCAUAUGAUGGCUAUGCUUACCUCUGGGUAGAUGACCGGCAAGAGUUCAUGCGCCAGUUCCUUCUGUAUAACCACGUUCUCACUACAGAGGAGAUCGAGGCACAUGCGGAAGAUGGCGUUCCAGAAUGCCCACCAACUUUAGAACAAUUCAAAGAACAGGUUGAUACAUAUGAGAAAAUAUAUGGUGAAGUAGAUGAGAUCAUUCCAGUACAGACAUUUGACUGCUGGUUCCGUGUCGAUGCCAAGCCAUUCAAACAAGCUCUACUGAAUAUUAUCAAACGAUGGAGCUUCAUGUUCAAGCAACAUCUCAUUGACCAUGUCACAAACAGUCUUGCUGCUCUUCAAGACUUCAUCAAAGUUGCAGACAGCGGGCUCACCAGCCAAGUUGAGGAAGGUGAUUACGAUGGCUUAGUAGAUGUCAUGGGUCAUUUGCUGGCAGUCAAAGAACGUCAAUCAACCACUGACGUGAUGUUUGAGCCGUUGAAGCAGACCAUCGAACUACUGAAGACAUACGACCAAGAGAUGCCGGAUGAGGUUCAUCUACAGCUGCAGGAAUUACCGGAGCAGUGGAAUAACACCAAGAAGAUUGCCAUCACCGUCAAACAACAUGUGGCACCGUUACAAGCCAGCGAGGUUGCAAUCAUCAGACGUAAAUGCACAUCAUUUGAUGUUAAGCAACAUGAAUUCAGGGAACGAUUUAGGAAAGAGGCUCCAUUUAGGUUUACAUUCGAACAGGCAUACCCAGCUCUUGACACGUGCAAUCAGGAAAUAUUUGAGAUGGAAACAGAGAUGGCUUCUCUACAGGACUCGGCCGGUUUGUUUGAGGUCAACGUACCAGACUACAAACAGCUGAAGGCUUGUAGGAAAGAAGUCUGCAUGCUGAAGACACUCUGGGACAUGAUUAUUUUAGUACGCUCCAGCAUCGAUGACUGGAAGACCACCCUCUGGCAGGAGAUCAAUGUAGAACAAAUGGAGAUGGACUGCAAAAAGUUCGCAAAAGACAUCCGAAGUCUCGAUAAAGAGAUGCGUGCCUGGGAUGCUUACUGCGGUCUGGACUCAACUGUAAAGAACAUGCUGACAUCACUCCGUGCUGUCAGUGAGUUGCAGAAUGCAGCCAUCAGGGAGAGACAUUGGCAGCAACUUAUGCAUGCCACUAAGGUUAAAUUCCUAAUGGAUGAAUCAACCACACUUGCUGAUCUUCUCGCUCUGAACCUUCACAACUUUGAAGAUGAGGUCCGCAACAUCGUUGAUAAAGCUGUCAAAGAAAUGAGUAUGGAGAAAGUGCUGAAGGAACUUGAUGUCACAUGGACUCAAAUGGAGUUUGAGUAUGAAAAACAUCCAAGAACUGGUGUACCAAACCUCAAGUCUAGUGAAGAAUUGAUAGAAACUCUUGAAGACAACCAGGUUCAACUUCAAAAUCUGAUGACAUCGAAAUACAUUGCUCACUUCCUCGAAGAGGUCUCUGGUUGGCAGAAGAAACUCUCUACUGCAGACUCUGUCAUCAGUAUUUGGUUUGAGGUCCAGAGAACGUGGUCCCAUCUGGAGAGUAUAUUCAUUGGGUCUGAAGACAUUCGUAGCCAGCUGCCAGAAGAUUCUAAACGUUUCGAUGGCAUCGACACCGAUGUCAAGGAAUUGAUGUAUGAUGUUGAGAAAACUCCAAAUGUGGUUGAAGCCACAAAUAAGAAAGGUUUGUUUGACAAACUGGAAGACAUCCAGUCAAGGUUGUCACUGUGUGAGAAAGCCCUUGCUGAAUAUCUCGAAACUAAGCGAUUGGCGUUCCCACGUUUCUACUUCGUUUCAUCGGCUGAUCUCUUGGAUAUUCUCUCAAAUGGAAACAAUCCAUCAACAGUAACACAACUGAACACAUUGAUCACAAUGUUGAUCGGAAAUCUGAACUCGGGCGAUCGUCAAAAAAUCAUGACCAUCUGCACCAUCGACGUGCACGCUCGCGACGUAGUCGCCAAGCUGAUCGCCAUGAAGAUCGACAGUGCCCAGGCCUUCCAGUGGCUUAGUCAACUGCGCCAUCGCUGGGAUGAUGAAAAGAAGCAGUGCUAUGCUAACAUCUGUGACGCCCAGUUCAGAUACUCCUACGAGUACCUAGGAAACACUGCCAGGCUUGUGAUUACUCCAUUAACAGAUAGGUGCUACAUAACCUUAACCCAGUCUCUCCAUUUGACAAUGAGCGGUGCUCCAGCGGGGCCAGCAGGAACCGGAAAGACUGAAACGACUAAAGAUUUAGGACGUGCUCUCGGCAUCAUGGUCUAUGUAUUCAACUGCUCAGAACAGAUGGACUACAAGUCUUGUGGUAACAUUUACAAGGGUUUGUCACAAACUGGUGCAUGGGGUUGCUUUGAUGAGUUCAACAGAAUAUCUGUAGAGGUACUCUCGGUUGUAGCUGUCCAGGUUAAAUGUGUCCAGGAUGCUAUUCGUGACAAAAAGAAACGCUUCAACUUCAUGGGCGUGGAGAUCAACUUGGUUCCCACCGUCGGAAUCUUCAUCACCAUGAAUCCAGGUUAUGCUGGCAGAACUGAACUUCCAGAGAAUCUUAAGGCCUUAUUCAGACCUUGUGCUAUGGUUGUGCCAGAUUUCGAAUUGAUCUGUGAAAUUAUGUUGGUGGCUGAAGGGUUCUUGGACGCAAGACUUUUGGCUAGGAAAUUCAUUACUCUCUACACCCUCUGCAAAGAGUUGUUAUCCAAACAGGAUCAUUACGAUUGGGGAUUACGUGCCAUCAAAUCUGUACUGGUCGUCGCAGGUUCCCUGAAAAGAAGCGACAAGGACCGUCCCGAAGACCAAGUACUGAUGAGGGCGCUGCGUGAUUUCAACAUACCAAAGAUUGUGACCGACGACAUGCCCGUUUUCAUGGGAUUAAUCGGUGACCUGUUCCCCUCGCUGGACGUGCCACGUAAACGUGAUCUGAACUUUGAGAAGGUCGUAAAGCAGUCAACCAUUGAUCUGAAAUUACAAGCAGAAGACAACUUUGUGUUGAAAGUGGUACAACUGGAAGAGUUGCUCGCUGUCAGGCAUUCGGUGUUCGUCAUCGGUAACGCAGGAACAGGCAAAACACAGGUGUUGAAAGUACUGAACAAGACAUAUUCCAACAUGAAGCGCAAGCCGGUGUUAAUUGAUCUCAAUCCAAAAGCUGUCACCAAUGAUGAGUUAUUUGGUAUCAUCAACCCAGCCACCAGAGAAUGGAAAGAUGGCUUGUUCUCUAACAUCAUGCGGGACAUGAGCAACAUCUCGCACGACGGACCCAAGUGGAUCGUACUGGAUGGUGACAUUGAUCCCAUGUGGAUUGAGUCCCUCAACACUGUCAUGGAUGACAACAAGGUGCUGACAUUGGCUAGCAAUGAACGUAUUCCACUAACACCAAGUAUGCGUCUUCUAUUUGAGAUCAGUCACCUGAAGACCGCCACCCCGGCCACUGUGUCUAGAGCUGGUAUUCUGUAUAUCAAUGCUUCUGAUUUGGGCUGGAAUCCGGUUGUUACCAGCUGGAUUGACACACGUGAAGUGCAGUCUGAAAGAGCGAACCUAACCAUCCUUUUUGAUAAGUACCUGCCACCAAUCCUGGAGACACUCAGGGUACGAUUCAAGAAAAUCAUUCCCAUUCCAGAGCAAAGCAUGGUGCAGAUGCUGUGUUACCUACUCGAAUGCCUCCUAACACCUGAAAACACCCCACCAGACUGUCCGAAAGAACUGUACGAAUUGUACUUUGUGUUUGCCUCCAUCUGGGCCUUUGGUGGCGCUAUGUUCCAGGAUCAGCUCGUGGACUAUCGUGUGGAGUUCAGCAAAUGGUGGAUAACAGAAUUCAAGACCAUCAAAUUCCCCAGCCAAGGCACCGUCUUUGAUUACUACAUUGAUCAGGAGUCCAAGAAGUUCCUGCAUUGGUCUGAAAGGGUUCCUAAGUUUGAGCUUGACCCAGAGAUGCCUCUUCAGGCUGUCCUGGUACACACCGCAGAAACGACUCGUAUCCGUUUCUUUGUGGAUCUACUGAUGGCCAACGGUCGCCCAGUGAUGCUUGUAGGAAAUGCAGGUCUCGGCAAGAGUGUGCUCGUUGGCGACAAACUGAACUCUUUGUCUGAAGAUUACAUGGUUGCAAAUGUACCUUUCAACUACUAUACAACUUCAGAUAUGUUGCAACGUGUGCUGGAAAAACCACUGGAGAAGAAGGCUGGUCGUAACUAUGGUCCACCAGGAACUAAGACACUUGUCUAUUUCAUUGAUGACAUGAAUAUGCCAGAGGUUGACACGUAUGGCACAGUACAACCCCAUACUCUAAUCCGUCAGCACAUGGAUUACAGACAUUGGUACGACAGAGUCAAGCUAAGUCUGAAAGAGAUACACAACUGUCAGUACAUCUCCUGCAUGAACCCGACAUCUGGUAGCUUCACCAUCAACUCUAGACUUCAGCGUCACUUCUGUGUGUUUGCCCUGAGUUUCCCCGGUCAAGAUGCUUUAACCACCAUCUACAACAGCAUCUUCAGCCAACAUCUGCAAAUCGUCGGCUGUACCAACAACAUCCAGAAAAUGAGUUUAACUGUUGUGACGGCGGCACUGGACUUGCACAAGAAAGUCACCAGUUCAUUCCUGCCAACUGCCAUCAAGUUCCAUUACAUCUUUAAUUUGAGAGAUCUCUCCAACAUCUUCCAGGGGUUGCUGUACUCUAGUCCCGAGUGCCUGAAGACACCCAGUGAUCUAGUUCGGCUUUGGAUGCAUGAAUCCGAUCGAGUCUACGGUGACAAGUUCAUCGAUGAAAAAGACAUUGAAACAUUCCAAAAAGUUUUGGUAGAUUUUGGCAAAAAAUAUUUUGAGGAUGUUGAUGAGGAUACAUUUACUAAAAAGCCCAACAUCUUUUGCCAUUUUGCCGGUGGCAUUGGUGAUCCAAAGUACCUCGCCGUUCCUGGCUGGGAUGAGCUCAGCAAGAUCCUAGUGGAAGCCUUGGACAGUCACAAUGAAAUCAAUGCUGUUAUGAACCUGGUGCUCUUUGAAGAUGCCAUGCAACAUGUUUGCCGCAUCAACCGUAUAUUGGAGUCGCCACGAGGCAAUGCUUUAUUAGUAGGUGUUGGUGGAAGCGGUAAGCAGAGUUUAGCCCGUCUUGCGGCUUACAUAAGCAGUUUAGACGUUUUCCAGAUUACACUCAAAAAGGGCUAUGCAAUACCUGAUCUAAAGGUGGACUUGGCCGCCCAGUGCCUGAAAGCUGGUCUCAAAGGUGUCGGUACCAUGUUUCUGAUGACAGAUGCCCAGGUUGCUGAUGAGAUCUUUCUGGUGUUGAUCAAUGAUCUCUUAGCAUCUGGUGAAAUUCCAGACCUGUUUCCAGAUGAUGAGGUGGAGAACAUCAUUGGUGGUGUCAGGAAUGAGGUCAAGUCAACUGGUCUACAGGAUACAAGAGAGAACUGCUGGAGGUUCUUCAUAGAAAGACUUCGAAGACAAUUAAAGGUUGUGUUGUGCUUUUCACCCGUUGGUAACACUCUGCGCGUCAGAAGUCGUAAGUUCCCUGCCGUUGUCAACUGCACAUGUAUCGAUUGGUUCCAUGAAUGGCCACAAGAAGCUCUGGUCUCUGUCAGUAAGAGGUUCCUUGAAGAAGUCGAGCUGCUACCAAGCGAGAUAAAAUUUUCUGUGGCAGAGUUCAUGGCUUAUGUACACACAAGCGUGAAUGAGACCAGUAAGAUGUACCUCCAAAAUGAACGCCGUUACAAUUACACCACACCAAAGAGUUUCCUUGAACAAAUUAAACUCUACCAGAAUCUUCUGACAGUCAAAAGUCAUGAGUUGACGGCAAAGAUGGAACGUCUGGAGAAUGGUUUAACAAAACUGCAAAGCACUGCACAACAGGUGGAUGAUUUAAAAGCUAAAUUAGCCUCUCAAGAGGUUGAACUAACCCAGAAGAACGAGGAUGCUGACAAACUGAUCCAAGUGGUGGGCAUCGAGACAGAGAAGGUCAGUAAAGAAAAGGUGGGGGCAGCUGAAGAGGAAAAGAAAGUAGCAGUGAUUGCAGAAGAGGUCGGCAAGAAAGCCAAGGAAUGUGAAACAGAUCUUGCCAAGGCAGAACCUGCACUUAUUGCUGCCCAGGAAGCUCUCAACACUCUUAACAAGACCAAUCUUACAGAAUUGAAGUCAUUUGCUACACCUCCGCCAGCUGUCCUGUUGGUUACUGCAGCUGUCAUGUGCCUACUGGCACCAAACGGUAAAGUGCCGAAGGAUCGAGGCUGGAAAGCAGCCAAAUCCAUGAUGCAAAAGGUUGAUGCCUUUUUGGAUUCCUUGUUGAAUUACGAUAAAGAAAAUAUCCCAGAUGGUUCGCUGAAGGCAGUGCAAGAGUACCUCAACAACCCUGAGUUUGACCCCGAGCUGAUCAAGACCAAGUCGGCUGCUGCUGCUGGCCUCUGCUCAUGGGGUUUGAACAUUGUUACCUUCUACAAUGUGUACUGUGAUGUAGAACCCAAGAGGAAGGCUCUGCAGAAAGCCAAUGAUGAACUCAGUGCUGCUCAAGAAAAGCUUGCUGUAAUUACUGCUAAAAUUGCUGAAUUGGAUGCUAACUUGGCCAAGCUGACAGCUGAUUUUGAGGAGGCUACAGCUGCAAAAUUGAAGUGUCAGCAAGAGGCAGAAUCUACCGCUAGGACCAUCACCUUAGCUAACAGACUUGUUGGAGGCCUAGCCUCUGAGAAUGUCCGUUGGGCUGAAGCGGUUGCAGCCUUCAAGGAACAGGAGAAGACACUUCCUGGUGAUGUGCUGCUGACGACUGGUUUUGUGUCAUAUAUGGGUUGCUUCAGCAAGAGCUACAGAGUAGACCUCAUUGAAAAAAUGUGGCUACCGUUCCUCAAGAGCCAAAAGGCUCCUAUUCCGAUUACGGAAGGAAUUGACCCACUAUCGCUCCUGACAGACGAUGCUGCUAUUGCCUUAUGGAACAACGAAGGUCUGCCGAGUGAUAACAUGUCUACUGAGAAUGCAACGAUCUUGACCAAUUGCGAACGGUGGCCACUGAUGAUUGACCCUCAACUUCAAGGCAUCAAGUGGAUCAAGAGCAAGUACGGUGAAUCGCUGCGUGUGGUCCGGCUCGGUCAGCGUGGCUAUCUGGACAUCAUUGAGCAAGGAGUCUCAAAUGGUGAUACAGUGUUGAUAGAGAACAUGAUGGAGAGUGUUGAUGCUGUGCUUGACCCAUUGCUUGGCAGAAAUACAAUCAAGAAAGGAAGGUACAUCAAGAUUGGUGAUAAGGAAGUAGAGUACAAUCCGGAAUUCCGUCUGAUCCUGCAGACCAAGCUAGCCAACCCUCAUUACAAGCCUGAGAUGCAGGCCCAGACUACACUCAUCAACUUCACUGUCACCAGAGAUGGUCUUGAAGAUCAGCUGCUGGCUCAGGUGGUUGCCCAAGAGAGACCAGAUCUGGAAUCUCUCAAGUUGGAAUUGACCAAGCAACAGAAUGAUUUCAAGAUUGUUCUGAAAGAGCUGGAGGACAACCUCUUAUCCAGACUGUCAUCUGCAGAAGGCAACUUCCUCGGCGAUACAGCUCUAGUGGAGAAUCUUGAGACGACCAAGCGUACUGCAGCAGAGAUUGAGUUGAAGGUGGCAGAAGCUAAGAAAACAGAAGUACAGAUCAAUGAAGCAAGAGAACAUUAUAGACCAGCGGCUGCCAGAGCCUCUUUGAUCUAUUUCAUUCUGAACGAUCUUAACAGGAUCAACCCUAUGUAUCAAUUCUCUCUGAAGGCAUUCAGUGUUGUGUUUGCUCUUGCAAUCAGCAGGGCAGAGCCUGCAGAGGAUGUGAAACAGCGUGUAGCCAACCUGAUUGAUUUCAUUACGUACUCUGUGUUCAUGUACACGUCCCGUGGUCUCUUUGAGGCUGACAAGCUCAUCUUCACUGCUCAAGUGGCCUUCCAGGUGUUACUGAUGAAGAAGGAGAUCAAUCCAUUGGAGCUGGAUUUCCUUCUACGUUUCCCAUCACAAAUGAAUGUAACCAGUCCAGUCGACUUCCUCUCCAAUAAUUCUUGGGGAGCUAUAAAGUCAUUGUCUGGUAUGGAAGAGUUCCGAAACUUGGAUCGUGACAUCGAAGGUUCUGCGAAACGUUGGAAGAAAUUUGUUGAAAGUGAGUGCCCUGAAAAAGAGAAGUUUCCCCAGGAAUGGAAGAACAAAUCCUCGUUGCAGAAAUUGUGUAUGAUGAGGGCACUGCGACCAGACAGAAUGACAUAUGCAGUCAGCAAUUUCAUAGAAGAGAAACUCGGGUCCAAGUACACUGAGAAUCGUGCCGUUGAGUUUGCCAAAUCGUUUGAGGAGACCGGCCCCGGAACACCUGUGUUCUUCAUUCUCUCACCUGGCGUUGACCCAUUAAAGGAUGUGGAAGCGUUGGGCAAGAAGAUUGGCUGGACAUUUGACCAGGGAAACUUCCAUAAUGUGUCCUUAGGCCAAGGCCAGGAGAUUGUAGCUGAACAGUGUAUGGACUUGGCUGCAAAAGAAGGCCAUUGGGUCAUUCUACAGAAUAUCCAUCUGGUUGCCAAGUGGUUAUCAACACUUGAGAAGAAAUUGGAGGCGUACAGCGAAGGCAGUCAUAAAGAUUACAGGGUGUUCAUGAGCGCCGAACCUGCAGGCACGCCAGAGUCCCACAUCAUUCCACAGGGUAUCCUGGAAUCUUCCAUCAAGAUCACCAACGAACCACCGACUGGUAUGCAUGCCAACCUGCACAAAGCCCUGGACAACUUCACUCAGGACACUCUGGAGAUGUGUUCCCGUGAGGCUGAGUUCAAGAGUAUUCUGUUUGCCCUAUGCUACUUCCAUGCCGUGGUAGCGGAAAGGCGUAAAUUUGGACCUCAAGGCUGGAACCGUGUGUACCCUUACAAUACCGGUGACUUAACCAUCUCUGUCAAUGUCCUGUACAACUAUCUUGAAGCAAAUGCCAAGGUACCGUGGGAGGAUCUUCGUUAUCUGUUUGGUGAGAUCAUGUACGGAGGUCACAUUACCGAUGACUGGGACAGAAGGCUCUGUAAAACCUAUUUAGAAGUGUACAUGCAUGCUGAAAUGCUUGAUGGUGAGUUAUACCUAGCGCCAGGUUUCCCCGUACCUGGUAAUUCCGACUACAAGGGCUACCACACUUACAUUGAUGAGAUGCUACCACCUGAGAGCCCCUACCUGUACGGUCUACAUCCUAAUGCUGAGAUCGGCUUCCUUACCACCACGUCAGAUAACCUGUUUAAGACUGUACUUGAGAUGCAGCCGAGGGACAGUAGUGGUAGCGGAGGUGGCGCCAGUAGCAGGGAGGAGAAGAUCAAAUCUCUGCUGGAUGAGAUCAUUGAGAAGCUGCCAGAGGAAUUCAACAUAAUGGAGUUGUCAGCUAAGGUCGAGGAGAGGUCGCCAUAUGUUGUGGUAGCAUUCCAAGAAUGUGAACGUAUGAACACUUUGACCAAUGAAAUCAGACGUUCACUGAAAGAACUUGAUCUCGGUCUUAAGGGCGAAUUGACUAUUACUGCAGAUAUGGAAGAUCUUAGCAACAGUUUGUAUCUUGACCAAGUGCCUGCAUCAUGGAUGAAGCGUGCUUACCCUAGCCUGUUUGGUCUUGGUCAGUGGUACACUGACCUCUUGCUCCGUAUCAAGGAGCUAGAGAGUUGGACAUCAGACUUCGCCCUGCCAAAUGUGGUCUGGUUGGCCGGGUUCUUCAACCCACAGUCCUUCUUAACGGCUAUCAUGCAGUCGAUGGCCCGUAAAAACGAAUGGCCGCUUGACAAGAUGUGCUUACAGUGCGACGUGACGAAGAAAAACAAGGAGGAUUUCAGCAGUGCACCCCGUGAGGGCGCCUACGUGCAUGGCCUGUUCAUGGAAGGCGCUCGCUGGGAUACGCAAACCGGUUUGAUAGUAGAUGCCCGUCUUAAAGAACUAACACCGGCUAUGCCUGUCAUCUUCAUCCGUGCAAUUCCUGUUGAUAAGCAGGAGACGCGCAACAUCUACGAGUGUCCAGUCUACAAGACCAAGAUUCGUGGACCAACAUUCGUAUGGACCUUCAACUUAAAGUCGAAAGAGAAGGCUUCGAAAUGGGUUCUUGCAGGUGUAGCCCUGUUGCUCUCCUCAUAAAAACCAUUGUUUUUCUCCAAAAAAAUAUCCCAAAAUUUCCUACAUUUUUUAAUCUAUUGGUACAAUACUAACAACCAUGUGCCUAGAUCUUACCACAGUGCAGACAUUAAAGACAUGAAAUGAUUCCAAAUCUAAUACAAGGAAUAUCUAUAAAAAAUAAGUUUCAGUAUAUAGAAGUAUAAGCCACAAUCAAAAUGUGUACAUAUAUUGGUGAAUAACACAUCCAAAAGGAUUAUAUGUCAUAAAAGAAUGAUGAUUUUUUAUUAUUUUUUUAUUGUUAUCAAUUAUUGUUAUUAUUAUUUAUUAUUAUUAUUAUUAUUAUUACUAAAGCUUUAUUUGCAUAGAUUAACUAAUAAAGAUUUAUUUAUUAUAAUGGCAAUGCUUUAUAUAUAUUGUAGAUGCCAUUCAUAAUUGUCGCCAUCAGUACAUUGUUAUUAUUAUCAAUGUUAAUAUUAUUAUUGUAUUAUUAUUAUUUUUUUUAUUAUUAUUAUUAUUAUUAUUAUUAUUGUCAUUGUUAUUAUUACUAAAGAUUUAUUUUCGUAGAAUAAUUAAACAAGAUCCAUUCAAUAUAAUGCUGAUGCUUCAUAAAUUGUAGAUACCAUUAUUACCGAAGUUGAGUUUACGGCAUAUUAUUCCAUCCAUAUAAACAUCAAAAACACUGAUGUCUAAAAUGAUUUUUGAAUAUUUAAAUAUAUUCUAAAGCCAAUACUGUUCUAAUUGUAUAUAUAGAUAUAAAUAUAAACUUAAUUACAUUGAUAUUCAGCUAUUUUGUUAUUUCCAUUUUCUUUCAGAGUAAUUUAGUUUUUUUCUAUUUUGAAAUGGAAACUUUACAUGCAUUUGAUACUUUUAUUUCAAAAUGCUAUUUAUAUUUUCUUGACAUAAUGACAAGAAAAUCAAAGAUAUUAAUUUCACAGUUGUUAAUCUUGUUUUGUUUUAAGCAUGACUUUCAUUACUACACUGUAAUUUCAACAGAUAUUUUUGUUCUUAUCAUAGAUUAUUAUUUUUAAUAACAUAUUCUUAAAAGACAAUGAAAUAUUACAAACAGAUGUGAAAGUGAACACUUAAUCCUUAGAUUGAUAUAUCAAUUAACUAUAAUAUCAAAUGUAAUUUAUCAUACAUUUAUUUUAUUUUUUUAUACAGAUAAUUUAAUUUGAAAUAUGAAUUUCUGAAUGCUAGUUGCAUUGAUAGUUAAAAUAUUCGUCCACUGACAAAUGUGUCAAUUUUAAACACAACUUCCAUCCAUUAUUAAAGUACUUAAAAAAUGCUAUGCUCUAAUUUCAAAGAUAUUUUAUCUGUUGUAGUUUGUUACUGAUUGAUUAAAAUGUGUUUAUACUGCAAUGAAUUUGUUCCGUCCAGAUGUUUAUAAAUAUAAUGAAAGUUAAACAAAGUUUAAAGUGAAAAACACAAUGUUACAUGAUGUCUCCACAAAUGUAUUAGAAUGAAGUGAAUAAAAUUAUUUAUGUUUUGAGUCAUGUCCAAUGAA